AUGCCAGAGCAAUCCACACAACCGCCAUUUGUCCAACCAGGCGAUCUCCUUCCGGACUUCCUACGUGCGUUCUGGCAACGGCAAGUCGACACUGCUGAGCAAGAGACACCUGAUUUUCGGCAUCCGCCUCUCCCGCUUGCGAGGAUUAAGAAAGUCAUGAAAAGUGACCCGGAAGUGAAGAUGAUUGCUGCGGACGUAUUCAUUUCCGAAAUAACCGCCCGUGCUUUCAUCGUCGCAGACGCCAACAAACGACGUACACUCUCGCGAUCCGAUAUUGCUAAAGCACUUGCUAAAUCCGAUCAAUUUGAUUUUUUGAUUGAUAUCGUCCCGAGGGAGGAAGGGUUUCCUGGGGCGAAACGCGCCGCGACGGGGACAUCUUCUGCAGCGGCAGCUACAACGACUCCGCAGCAGCAUGCAGGCGGGCAGGGAUCUACGGGGAAUAUGGGUUUAAAUGUGAACGCGGGAGGACAAGUAAAACAACCGGGUCCGGGUCCAAGUGGGACUGUUAUCAAGCGCGAUGAGAUCUACUUUGGGCAGGAUCAUAUCAUCCCGAGUUGA